AUGAAGACAACUGCUUGCUUUGCUGCCAUUCUGCUCAUCUACAACUUCACACCGGCCUGUGGAAAAGUGCUCAAAGAGAAGACAUCACGAACCAGGAGGCAAUGUUUUGGUAUUGUUUGCUGUAUUACCGGAGGCACUGGCUCUGUCGCCGACUGUGGCACUGGUGCGGCUGCUCCAUCUGCAGCAACGAGUUACGCUGCACCCGCGGCUGCUACAUCCUACGCUGCUCCUGCUGCUUCAGCAAGCUAUGCAGCUCCAGCUGCUACAUCCUACGCUGCUCCCGCAGUAAGCACAAGCUAUGCUGCUCCUGCUGCUCCGGCCGCCACAUCCUACGCUGCCCCAGCCGCUUCCGUAUCGUAUGCCGCACCGUCUGUCUCCUAUGCAGCCCCAGCUGCUACAUCUUAUGCUGCUCCCGCAGUUUCUUAUGCUGCACCAGCGGCCACUAGCUAUGCUGCUCCGGCUCCCUCCGUAUCCUACGCUGCACCAGCUGCACCAGCUGUCACCAGCUAUGCUGCCCCGGCCCCCUCUGUAUCCUAUGCUGCACCAGCUGCACCAGCUGCCCCCAGCUAUGCUGCACCAGCUGCUCCCAGCUAUGCUGCACCAGCUGCCCCCAGCUAUGCUGCACUAGCUGCUCCCAGCUAUGCUGCACCAGCUGCCGCUCCCGCUGCGGCUCCAGUUUCCACCGGAGUCUCAUCUUCACAAUGUUGCUGUGUAUCCUGCUGCAUUAUCGGCAACGUCUGCUGCUGUUGA